AUGAGCGGCAUCCCGCGCAGUAGGGAAGGCGAGCUCCUCAAAAAAGAAAAGGGCCCCUUGGGAGCGAAGUGGACGCGGAAACUCGUCGUUGUUGAUGGAAGAAAAGGCACGGUAAGGUAUCAUCGGCCGACGGACGACAAGAGCGAUGUUCCCAGAAAAAUCUUCCAUUUGAAGUCCAUGACGCUCAUUGAAGAUUGCAUGGGCCCGAAGAAAGCCCCCCACGCUCUAGAAUUGAGGGAUCUCAAGGGCUAUUCUCUUAUUUUAGCUUGCGAGAGAGGUGCAGGAGAAAAAGAGGCCUGGCGGAGCCUGUUAGCACCCUUAUGUGCGGGCGGCACGCCUGUUGCUGCAGCUCGCACGGCAUCGACGGACUGGGUCGAUCCACAAUCAAAACCACCGGAGGAGGACGAGCCGUGGCCCGUGCCGCAAACUUUUGACAGUGCUCUGGCCAAGCCGUUCGAGACCUACGAGGCGACCUUCCUGCCGGACCAACCGCUGGGUAUCCAACUACGACUCGAACCGGAGGUGGAUGGGAAGCGCGCCAUCCUCGUGCUCGAGGUCAAGGACACGUGUCCGCAGAAAGGUACUAUACAAUCGGGCGACGAGUUGGUAGGGGUACAAAAUGAACCGCCCUUGACACCACGAACGACCGAUGAAUUCAAGAAGUGCACGACCGAACUGGCGCGAAAACCGAGACCAUUGGUACUAGUUUUCCGGCGGGAGGUCAGUGAGACGCCGUUCGACGAGCCCGACGACUCGCCCAAGGUCCGCGACGCAGCGUCCUUACGCCAUCGACGCGACUCGGCUCCAUCUUCUGAGCCAAUUCAUUCGCGUCGGGGCCUCGCGUCAAUGGCGUCUUCACGAGACCGCGCCGCCGCGACGCCGUCAUAAUGAUCACAACGCAGGCGCCCUCCUUCGACGAGGCCCCUCCUUCACAUGUCGUGGACGAGCCCGUGCGGCUGAACGCGACGUGCGAGCAGCCGCCUACGUCGUUAACUCUCUGUUUGGCUCGUAGUGAUGAAUUUUCGCGCGCGUGUGUCCGAGUCGAGAAAGGAUCAUGUGCUGGGUUACAGGUAUUAGAUGACCUCGUGGCCCUGGACGCGGAGGACCUGACGCUCGUCGACGCGGAGACAGCUCUAGAACGCCUGACGCAGCGAUUGAUGCGGGGACCCUUUCCUUGCAGGGUCGGCGUGCUGAGGAGGCCGAGCGUCUUCAGCCUCGAGUUCCCCGACGACGGGAGGCCUCUUGGUGUCGUAUUACGACUGAUAACACCUCCCACGGGCGGCGCGUCGCGCGUUCUAGUGGAGAGUAUACAUAGAGACGACGGGCCGGCGGGGGAAUUAGAACCGAGGAAUGAUGAAUUGGUGGCGAUCGAGGGCGAGCCCAUUGGCCGGGACUGCGGGCCGGCCGACUUUGAUGCUUUAUUACUCAAAUUGAAGGGUGCUGCAAGACCGCUCAAACUCACAUUCGUGCGCGCGGGGAGCAUGUCCCAGGACCCGCGCGACGCCACGAUUUAUGGAAGAGCCGUCAUCGAGGAGCCGCCUGUAUCCUUCGAGGAAACCAGAGCGGCGGCGAUGUCGCCGUCAGCGGCCUUCGGGGCUCCGGUCGAUCCCGUGGCAGCAGAUGAUGGAAGUGACUGGGGCGACCCUCCUCCUUCAACGGACGAUUCUUCAUCCGACGAGGGCGCCGCAAUUGGUGUGGAUGCGAACAUCGUGGAAGUCUCCGACGACGCGGCGGCCGUCUCUGAUGAAGAGCCGCCGCCUCCACCCAUCGUCGUGCCGCCGGUCGCCGACGUCCCGGCGCCGACGCCGUCGAAGCUCGCGGCAUUUAUGGCCAGCACGCCGAACCCCACGUCGCCGACCGCGUGAAAAUCAAAUUUCAGGCGUCUCACGCGACAUGAGGACCUCAAUCACUGGUUGAUGUCCACGCAGGUCGCCGAAGCCCACAAGUCAACAGACGCCGUCGCCGCCGCCGCCUCCCCAGGACGAGUCCCCGGGCGAACUUGGAAGGAGCGUCAUCGAGCAGGUCGCGUCCUUCGGCGACGCGCCGUCGGCCGCGCUUGAGUUGGAGGCGGUACGGGCCGAGCUCGAGAGCAGCGCGCGAGCGUUGGCGCGGGCUCGAGAAGAGCGGUCCGCGGCGGUUCGGGAGCUGGAAGAGGUGGCCGAGGACGCGAAGGUGCAGCGGGAAAGAGUCGGGAAACUGGAGCAAGAAAGGAGAGCGUCGCUCGAGCUGCAGAGCGCGUCUGAACAGUUAAGUAAGCAGCGCGACUCUUUACAGUCUGAAGUGGAAGCGUUGCGCAAUGAACUCAAAGCGCGGGAAGAGAAGAACCGGGAGCUCGAGGCGUCGACGCGGGCGAGGGACGCGUCCCUAGAAUCUCUACGCAAGAAGCUGUCCGAGGCCGAGAGCCGCACGACGAAGGCUGAACAGGCCGUCUUAGACAGACGGGCCUCGCUCGAGGUCGCGGAAGAUCAUGUGAGGGCGGUCUCGGCGGCGGCGCCGAUGGCGGUUGCGGCGGCGGCGCCGAGGGCGGACGCCGCUGCGGCGCCGAGGACGGAUGCCGCGGCGGCGCCACCGGAGAACGUCCGAGCUUCCGGAAUCGAGGCCGUAAUAGCCGACGACUACGUGAACGGGGACUGCUCUGGAGAAGACUUAGCUCAAUUGUUACAAAACUGCGUCUCACCCCCUCCCUCCAAGGUAGAGUUGGUCACAGCAUUGAUCAGGGUCGUGCCCGAUUCAUUGACCCAACCCUUCUGGUGCGAUGCGGACGAGGCCGGACAUGCUCUCGCACAAGCGGAAGGGGACUGGGUCGCCGUGCUCGAUACGGUUGUAGAAGCCGUAGCACCAAGUUUUGAAGCAUCACUACCCUUACUUUUCGGCGAAAUAAUGAAAUUAGCUGAUGAGCCUCGCAAGAAAUUAAGUGAGUGGCGCCGGAAGGCCGCCGACAUCUCGACGCAAAUCAAGCACGACAAGCGUACCGUAAAUGCCGAAGCGCUGCGGAGGACGGACGCGUGGUUUGAUGGGGACUCGGAACCGUCCCAGGAGCUCGAGCCGGUGCUGGAGGCGGACCACGAGACCGUCGAGAGCGUCGAUGAUGAUGAUGAUGAGGUUAAUGAGACGGAGCUAUCUGUCGCGAGUGAGUUAAGGAAGGCGCUGGAGGUAAACGCGUCCCUCGAUGACCGCGGCGCGUCGCUCGCGAAGAAGGUCGCGUUGAUCAAGCCGCGGCCGCGCGGCGCGAAAGUGCUAGAAGCUUUGUUAGAGCAGUGCGAACCGUCCCUGAUCUUCGGCGACGCCAACGCGACCUGGGGGCAGCCGGCGCGGUGUGGGGCUGCGUUGGAGGCUUUGUCGGAGUUCGACCCGUCCGAGCAGGCGCGCAUGUGUCGCUGUCUAGAAAGGUACUGCGCGCGCCAUGCACGGUCGGACGCUUUGUCAUCGACACUGAGGAAGUUGGUCGAUUACGACGUGCUCGAGGACCAGGGCGUGGACCUGUGGCGCGACCGCUGGGGCGACGACGCUCUCGUCGAUGAGCCUACUACCUUCUUACCUUCGCCGCGAGCUGUUCUCCUGGAGCAGUCUGAUGAGGAACCGGAGUCGCCGGUGGACCGGGCGAUUCAUGAUGCUCGUCAGGACAUCGAGGAGCGGGUCGAGGCGCGGCUCAACUCGCCGAAGCAGUCUCCCUCAUCGGUGGCGUCGCCGCCGUCGCCGCAGCGGUCGCCGGCGUCGGCGUCGUCGCCGCAGCUGGAAGAAGCCUUAGAAUCGGCGCGGAAGGCGUCGCAGGCCGCCGCCGAGGCCUUGGAUGCGGCCAAUUCUUCCAGAGCCGAAUCUAGAACUCUGAAAGCGAAGCUCGAGCGCGCCGCGUCGUCGGACCAGUUAUCAGAUUUGCAGAAGGAGACGUCCGCGUCUACCAGCAAAGCGUCCACCGAAGCCCAGAAAGCGAAGCUCCAGGCCGACGAGGCGUCGCAACGAGCUCAGCGCGCGGAAGAAGCCGCUCAAAGAGCUAGGGAUGAAGCGCGGGAAGCGAGACAAGCGUUAGCUGUUGCGGUGGCGGAAGCCGACGAGCGCCAACGGGCCAUGGAGGCGUCCGUCGAAGCUAGAUCAGCGUUGGCCGCCAAGCGCGACGCCGAGGUCGAGGCGAAAUUCGAGCGGAAGCUGGCCGCCUUGCAAGCGUUGGAGGAGCGGUUGUUAACUGCUGCGCGAGACGAGGCUUCUCGAGUCGCCGAGGAGAAGGCGUCGAUUGUCGCCGACGAACGAGCUGCCAGAGUAGCGAGGGACGCUGCCGCGGAAGUCGGGGAACGGACGGCCUCCAUCGUCGAAGACCAGCAAAAGAAGCUCCAGGAGGAGGUCACGGACGCCAGUCGUAGGGUCGACGCAAAGUUCGCGGAACUCGACGAAAAAAUAGUGGAGGCGACGACGCCGAGGCCCUUCCCGCCGCGGACGCCCGUCGCGCGGCCGCCGUCGUCGUCCUCCUCAUCAUCAGAUGACGCCUGCGUCAAUCUGGGAGAGUCGCUGGAAUUACAGGCGCCCACCCAAACCGAGACGCCCGCGAAGUUGUCCGAAGUCGUCGGCUUGCCGUCUCGGGCGCAGUCGAAGCUCCGCGAACGGUUCUUGCGGUUACUGAGGCAGCCGUCGGGGCCUCUGCUAGAUGAUGAAGGUUGUCUCGUGCGCGUUCGGGUCGAGCACGGCUACGAAGGUAGUAAAGGAAGGUGCCGCGUGGAGGUGACGAAUGUGUCUGAUUCAGUCUUAGAGGACCUGAAGAUCGACGCGUUCGCCGAUGAUGAGGAACCCACACUCAUCGUGUCGACGCGGCUGGAGGAAGAGGCUUCGGAUCUACAACCCGGCCAAUCAUUAACUUGCAGGGUCUCGUGCGCCUGCCGGGCGCCGUUUGUGGUCCCUCCGGAGCUCGCCGUGCGCUUCGAGAGUGAAGGAAAGAGGUACGCCUACGCUCUAAGGCUGCCGGUGGCCGUCACGUGCUUCGCGCAGCCGGAUGGCUACAACGCGAGAGAUGUGGGCGCGUUCCGGCGACGGUGGGACGAGUGCGGCGGGUUUGACGGUUCGGAGAAGCAGGUCGUCGUCGCGGCGCGCGGGGCCGUCGACGUCGACGCGCUGGACGACGUGCGCCAGCGCAUUGUGGGAGGGGCGCUGCGCGGCGCGUUAGUCAGGGGCGCGGAUCCGACGCCCGCGACGGCGACCGCCGCGUCGCUGAUCAACACGACGGACGACGGCGCGGUGGACGUGCUAGUGCGGUUGGAGGCGAACGCGGCGGCGCGGGCGUUCCGAGUGACAGUCCGGUCGCCGUCGCCCGCCGCCGCCGCGGCGUUCAAGAACGUGCUCCAGGCGCUGCUGACGUCGUACUUCGCCGUCUAGGAGUGCUCUCUCCCGCCUCUUUAAGCGAUUUUGAUACAUCUGGAUACAAGUCUAGCGACUACAAGCACGGGUUUUUCACGCUAAAAUAAUAGCUUAUUAGCUUGACGCACGCAUAUCGAUACAACACUGCCGAGUCAGCGUUCGAGAGGCCACAACGCGAUAUAUAGGACUCGCAACCGCAACAAAGCUCGUUGAACCAGCUCUCUCAAAAAAGUGCACUUUUGCCUGUUUGCAGCUAGCCAAUUAUCCGUGGUCU